AUGCCUAAGGCCGAUGAUGAUGACGACGACAUUGGUAUGACAUCUGAUGAAUUAAUUGAUGCACUAGAGCCCUUUGGCGAAAAUUGUGAUCCAAAACCCGAACGAGAACACAUUAGACAAUUGAUCAAGAACGACGAAAAUCCACAUCAGAAUUCGAAAUGUUUUAGACAUUGUUUAAUGCAGGAAUUCGAAUUGCUAAGCGAGGGCUCCACUACAAUGAAUGAAGACAAAGCCGUCGAUAUGCUUUCGAUGAUGUAUUCCGAUGGCAAAGAGGACUUGGAAGAGAUCAUUAAAAUCUGCAAUGGAGAAAAUGAGGGCGUAGCAGAAAAAUGUGAAAAUGCCCACGCUCAUGGUAUGUGUAUUUUGCGAGAGUUGCGACAACGUAACUACAAAAUUCCUCAAGCAGGAAAAUAA